AUUUAAUUAUAUGUAAUGUACUAAUAUUACAUUAAUUAAAAACAAUUUUUUUUUUCUAAAAAACAUUUUUCACUUGUUCUCCCCACUGUCUAAUCCUUUCCCGUUCCGAAACCCAGCCAGCCACCGCCGUCAGCCACUUCAGCUGUCCACAACCACUGUCUGCCUCCAUGUUUGCUGAGCAAUGCAUAAAGCGAGAUUCGUCAGACAGUUGCUUAACCAGACGAGUGAGCUAAGCUAACCACUCAACCAGCACAAUUUGGUUAUUAUUAUUUAUUAUUUAUCCCCAAAAGAGUUCUGGUAGCCUUCCCCUCAAGAGCCAUAGAAGUUGUCUCCAUGGCUAUGCCUACAAGGGCCCUCUUCCAGGAUCCGCUGCGAUCCAAAAGCACUCCACUCUUCAAAUUCAUGUUGUUCCUCUUUUUACUGUCUAUGGUGCUGGGACAUGAAACUGUUGAAGUGGAGCACUACCCGCUGGUUGUGAGUACUUGGCCGUUUGUUGAGGCCGUUAGAGCUGCUUGGAAGGCUGCUGAUGGUGGUUCAACAGCUGUGGAUUCUGUGGUUGAGGGUUGCUCAACUUGUGAGGAACUGAGAUGUGAUGGAACAGUUGGUCCGGGUGGAAGUCCAGACGAGAAUGGAGAAACUACAAUUGAUGCUCUGGUCAUGGAUGGGGCGACUAUGGAAGUAGGAGCUGUCGGUGCCAUGAGAUAUGUAAAGGAUGGAAUCAAGGCUGCUAGGUUAGUAAUGCAACAUACUGAGCACACAUUGCUGGUAGGAGAGAAAGCAUCGUCAUUUGCGAUAUCAAUGGGUCUUCCAGGACCCACAAACCUGAGUUCAUCAGAAUCUAUAGAGAAGUGGGCUAAAUGGAAAGCUAAUAACUGCCAACCCAAUUUCUGGAAGAAUGUCUUACCUGAAAACAGCUGUGGUCCUUAUCGGCCGACAAGUUACCUGGAGCAUACCGAUGAAACAUGCUUGAAGACUUAUGCGAUGCAAACUACUGAUUUAAGAUUUCUCGAUCUUGGUCAUCGGAUCCAUGAUACUAUAUCAAUGGCCGUUAUUGAUAGAAUGGGACAUAUUGCUGUUGGCACAUCGACUAAUGGGGCGACGUUCAAGAUUCCUGGCAGGGUAGGUGAUGGUCCGAUAGUUGGAUCGUCUGCAUAUGCUAAUGAAGAAGUUGGUGCAUGCUGUGCAACUGGGGAUGGUGACAUCAUGAUGCGCUUCCUUCCAUGUUAUCAAGUUGUUGAAAGCAUGAGGUUGGGAAUGAAUCCGGAACUUGCUGCGAAAGAUGCAAUAGGGAGAAUAGCAAGAAAGUUUCCAGAUUUUAUGGGAGGCAUUGUUGCCGUUAACAAAAAGGGGGAACACGCCGGAGCUUGCCAUGGAUGGACAUUUCAAUACUCAGUGAGGAGCCCUGGAAUGAAAGAUGUGCAAGUCUUUACUGUGCUACCCUGAAAGGUACAACACUAUUCAAUAAAUUAGCCUUACAAUAUUAAGGUUAGUAAGUAAAUUGGGGACUCUAAAGUGUGAAAUAUCGAGAAUGUUAGAGAAUUUGGUGUUUUACUUAGAUGUGGGAGUAUUAUGCAAAUAUGCGGUACGCCAGGAGCAAAUUGCAAAUAACUAUUACAAAGUAUUAAAAUACUUGAUUUUGAAGUUUACCAAGAGUGUAAUUUCGUAAUUUCACAUGUUUAAUAGUAAGGAGGAUAGCUGCAAAUGUUCAUUGUUCAUAUUUCAUUGUGCAUAAGCCAUGACACUUCGAUUGAGAGGAUCUUGCAGUUUUAGGAUAAUUUGAGAGUAAACUAAACUAACCAGUAACCACCACAAGCUUUGAGUGGUGCAAUGGACACUGACAGUGUAGGUCGGCGGAAGGUUGUUGCGACGGUGGCAGCAGGAAGGCGAAGCCGGUAAUUCUUGUGGAUGAUUUUAUUAAUUUUUUAUUUUUUUUAUGGAUAAAAAUAAUAGUUUAUUCAAGAUGAAACCAUAAAAUGUACAUAUAUUGUAGUGUUAUCGUUGGUAUGAACUACUUAGUUGGAAUAGAUUGACACCAUUAA